AUGUACUCUCCCUUCAGUUCCAAGGAGAACUUGCAGUCCAGCGAGGAGGUGGAAGAUCUGCAGGUGAUUGACACACAGCCCGGACACUCUGUGGAUGUGCCACUCUUCGCUGACUUUAGCCCAAUAAAUCCAAUAAUGGAAGAGGAUGCAGAGGGCGUUGAGGGUAAAACCAGUGAAGCCAAAGGAACUCACGUUGGCGGUGGACAAAAGGGCAAGGGAGACGGUGGCGGCGGUGGCGGUGGCGGUGGAGGCAAUCGAUUGAAGCGAAACAUCAAGCACACCGGGAGCCUAAUUGUGCGCAAAUUAACUGCCGGCAGGCACAGUGAAGCCGAUAAGAAGGGUGCGACUGGAAAGAAGGAUAAGGAGCAGCAGGAAGUGGCGGACACGGAUAAGGAGAAACCAAGCAGCAAGCCGGAGGGCAAAGUCGCCAUGCUACGCACCACAACCCUCUAA